GGCACAGAAUUACGUCGAUGACGCAAAUAACAUGCGCCAAAACCGGGAAACUGAAAUUUGAACUGCAAUAGCUAGCUGGCUAAAAUAAUUUCCAUCAAAAAUCUUUCACGGAAUGUUAUCUACUUGGAGUUCAGACUGGAAAUCAUAAACGUUUAGUUAUGGCAACCGCUGCUAAGACUCCAGCUGGCGCAGAUCCGAAACAGCUGGAGCGCACCGGGUCAGUGCGAGAGAUUGGCUCGCAGGCUGUUUGGUCCCUUUCGUCGUGUAAACCCGGAUUCGGUGUGGAUCAGCUCCGAGAUGAUAAUCUCGAGACGUACUGGCAGUCAGAUGGAUCUCAGCCUCACCUGGUCAACAUUCAGUUCAGGAGGAAGACCACAGUGAAAAUGUUGUGCAUUUAUGCUGAUUAUAAAUCUGAUGAGAGUUACACCCCCAGCAAGAUCUCUGUCCGUGUGGGCAACAACUUCCACAACCUUCAAGAGAUCAGGCAGUUGGAGAUGGUAGAGCCCAGCGGGUGGAUCCACAUCCCCCUGUGUGACGUGUUGAAGGGGCCCAUCCGGACCUUCAUGAUCCAGAUUGCGGUUCUGGCCAACCACCAGAACGGGCGAGACACUCACAUGCGCCAGAUUAAGGUCUACACACCCGUGGACGACAGCUCCGUUGGCAAGUUCCCGCGAUGCACCACAGUGGACUUCAUGAUGUACCGGACUAUCAGAUAGCCUGAGCAACGCCCCCCCCCCCCGCUCUAGUUACACGUGUGUGAUUAACCAUAGCAACAGCAACAGGAGAAGGACUGUGCCAAUUUGUGUGUGUGUGUGUGUCUGUGUCUUGCAUAGUACAGGAUUGUAUAUGCAGGACUGUGUGUAUGCGUGUGUUACUGAAGUGUGUGUGUGUGUGUCAGUCAGACUUCUUCUGUGUGUGUGUGUUUGGGUUUAAGAGAGAGGAAGAGUAUGAAUAAACUAAUGUCAUUGCAUUUGUACAUAUGUUUGAUCCGAUGUGUAAUAAAAUACAUAUUUACCUGUAAA